AUUUUUUUUGACAGAAACACUAUAAAAAAAGUUAUUAAUAAUGGACGACAAAAAUAUGAUGAAUAUUGAUACGGUGAUGGAAGAUAUGCAGAACUUUUUAAACGGUUCUGCAAAUACAGUAAAAAGUACCGAAAUCGCAAAAGAAGUGCGGCUGGUGGAGAUUGGCCCAAAUAAUCCAGCUUAUUGGGCGGAAAUAUUCAGAAAGCAAGCCAACAAUUUGCCAGAACCUCCUCAGUAUAAUCGCGAAAUAAGGGAUAAUGAACAAAAUAAAAGCAAUAGGAAAGCCGAAGCAGAAAAAGAAGACGAAGAAAAAGAAAGACAAAUCUGGAUAAGGCAGAGGAGAGAAGAAGGAAGAAUGAGAGAGCAGAGAAUCAGAGAGGAAAGAAUGAGAGAGAAAAGAAUUAGAGAGCAGAGAAUAAGAAGAGAAAUGGAAGUGACUCCGAGAGUGGAAGAAGAUACGGGGAGGAAUAGGGGAAGAAUGAAUAGAAGUAGGAGUAAAAGUAGAGACACAUACAGCAGAAGGCGACAUGAAAGACAAGAAGAAAGAAGAGAAAGGGAUAGAACUAGAAGUAGGGAUAGUUAUGAAAGUAGGAGGGGAGAUAGAGGGGAAGAAGUUCAUAACAGAGGAAGGAUACGUGGACGCGGCAGAGGAAGGGACGAGAGGAUGGGGAACGGUGGUCGAUAUGUCCAUCCUCAUCGUGGUCGCGGACGUGGGCGUCGGGAAAUUGCAAACACCCAGACAUCAAGACGACAGCCACAGCAAGUUGGGUCUGGUGUUGUUGGGUGUUUGCAAUUUAACAACAUUGCGUCUAUGGUUGAGUUUACAAAACAAUUUUUCAAUAAAUAA